AUCCUGAAAUGUCUCACUGUGUACGUAUCGAGAAAAGCAAUGCUUGAUUGACGGCGCAAACUUUUCCCUCGUUUUUUCUCGUUAGUACGUAAUCUUUUGGACUGCUUUAAGGUUAUACUCCGCGGUACUUCACCAUCACCAUGGAAGAUCCUAGUAAAUACCAGCAGAUGCAAGAUGAAAUGUCUAGGUUCGAAGCCGAGAUAUCGGGCGCUGAGGCGUCCGCAGCCGCCGCGGCCGCUUGUUCUGGUUCUUCUCGACCGGUGAUCGGAUCAGCGACGUUCGGCGCUGUGCAACAGCAACUUGAACAGGCCAUCCCACCUCCACCACCUCCACCGCCGUUGCUUGGCGGCCCAUUUGACCAUGGUAUGAUGGGCUCGAGGAUGAUGUACCCUACAGUGCCGCCACCGCCGCCGCCGCCUAGUAUGAUGGUGCCCGCAUCUGUGCAGCGCCUACGGCCCCCACCAUCUUCCGAGAGCUUCUCACAAAAUCCAAUCACAUUCCUCCGUCCAGGAGUGCAAGGGCCCCAGUUGAUCCCACCACCUCCAAAACCACAACCUGUGGUGCUCUCAGCUGCCCCUAAACUGUAUAAACAGCCAAAGGAGGAUUUGGAGAGAAAAGAGAAAGAAAGCCGAAAGAGGAAGCGCGAGCCCCCGCCGCCACCGAAGCUGGAGCCUCCGCGCUUGCCGACCCCGCCGCCGGCACCUACCCCCAUCACUGUAGCCGACAUCGUCGCGCCCAAGGGCAAGAAGGAGAAGAAGAACCGAAAGGUGGUAAGAACAGCAGGUGGUCAAGUGUGGGAGGACGUGACGCUCCUGGACUGGCCGGACGAUGAUUUCCGUAUGUUCUGCGGAGAUCUCGGCAAUGACGUCACGGAUGAACUACUGACGCGAACUUUCGGCAAGUUCAGCUCGUUCCAGCGCGCGAAGGUGAUUCGAGACAAGCGAACCAAUAAGAGUAAGGGUUUUGGUUUCGUCAGCUUCAAGGACCCUGGGGACUUCAUCAAGGCCAUGAAAGAAAUGGACGGCCGCUACGUGGGCAGUCGUCCGAUAAAGCUGCGCAAGAGCACGUGGAAGAACCGCGCAUUAGACGUAGUACGAAAGAAGGAGAAGGAAAAAGCAGCACUGCUCUCUUUGCUUAUGUCCGGCAACAAGAGCUGACAACGUCCUAAUGCAAAAGACGAAUAGUCUACUUUUCGGUGUUCAUAUAAAAACACGGUCUUUAAUAUCUUGCAGCCAACAGCACAUGGAAGUGUUUUUUCUUUUAUCUUUCGCUUAUUUAGAAGUUUAUUUUCCGGUUGCCGAAAAAAUGUGCAGGGUUAAUUGUAAAAUACUUUGUGCCAUUACUUUCAAUAAUUCAUCAGAUUUUACAUUAGUACAUAAAUAAAAGUAUUUGAAGGGUGAUAACUCUGUGCGGUAACAAAAGAAAGCGCUAGCGUAAAUACCAAUACGAUGCAAAAUGCAGGAGCGGGGGUAGGGUUCCACAGAGGGCGCUUGCACGUUUUGACUGACUACCGUAUUACCAACGAAACAAUGAAUACUCAACAGUUUAUUUUUGGUUUUAUUAAGUAUGUUUUCUAAA